AUGGUUAAAGAUGAGUGUGUAUUUGAAGAUUUUUGCAGAGGACCUCAUAUUAACAGUAGUGGGAUGGUUAAAGCUGUUAAAAUAACUAAAAACAGUAGUUGUUAUUUCUUAGAUAAAUCUGAUAAUAAGAUGUUACAGAGAAUUUAUGGUGUAAGUUUUCCUAAUAAAAAGUUAUUAUCUGAAUAUAAAGAAAGAAUAUUAAGGGCUAAAGAAAUGGAUCAUAGAAAGAUUGGAAGAGAAAUGAAUCUUUUCUUUUUUAAUGAAACUUCACCGGGUUCAUGUUUUUGGUUACCAGAUGGAGCAUACAUCUAUAAUAAGUUGCAAGAUUUUAUUAGGAAUGAGUAUAAGGUAAGGGGAUUCAAAGAAGUAAUAACACCUAACAUUUAUAGUCUCAAUUUAUGGAAAGAAUCAGGACAUUAUGAAAAUUAUAAAGAAAAUAUUUUUAUGAUUAAUUCUGAUGACUUUGGACUUAAACCAAUGAAUUGUCCUGGUCAUUGUAUUAUGUUUAAGAAUUUUGUUAGUUCGUAUAAGGAGUUACCAUUAAGAUUGGCAGACUUUGGUGUUUUACAUAGAAAUGAAUGUAGCGGUUCAUUAUCUGGAUUAACAAGAGUGAGAAGAUUUCAACAAGAUGAUGCACACAUAUUCUGUAUGAGUUCACAAAUAAAAGAUGAAAUUAAAGCAUCAUUAGACUUUCUUAAGUUUGUUUAUGAUGUAUUUAAUUUUAGAUAUGAAUUGUUGUUGAGUACUCGACCUGAGAAGUUUAUUGGUGAAAUAACAGACUGGGAUAUUGCUGAAGAAAAUCUUAAAGAAGCAAUUAUUGAAUCAGGACACAAGUUCAUAUUAAAUGAAGGAGAUGGUGCAUUUUAUGGACCUAAGAUUGAUAUUAUUUUGUAUGAUGCUUUCCAAAGAAAGACACAAUGUGCUACUAUUCAAUUAGACUUUCAACUUCCCCAAAGAUUUAACUUACAAUAUCAAGAUAGUGAUGGAGAGUUAAAAGUACCUGUUAUUAUUCAUAGGGCUAUUUAUGGAUCUUUAGAAAGAUUUAUCGCUAUUAUUUUAGAAUCUUAUGGUAAGAAAUUACCAUUUUGGCUUUCUCCAAGACAGAUAGGAUU